UUUGCGGAGAAAUUUUUUGUUGGGUUCGCUUGUCCAAGCUCCGAAAAAUUUGUCUUCUUUGAAACUCCUUGUGGGCCAGUUUAUUUUCUAUUUAUUUCCACGAAUUAAUCACAUUUUUUACAUAGAUUUUAGUUAAGUAGCUAAUUUAGGUGAUAAUCCACCGUGUGUGUGCUGUUUUGAGAGUUUUGCGUUUGAGAAAAGUCAAGAAAAAAAGCUUGUAAGAAAAAGUUCAUUUUGGGGGAAAUGGUGAUUGUUCAGUUUAUUCAGCAAUUCUCAUGCAAAGACACCCCAAAAUAGGCUAGCAAAUGCCUUAAAAGUGUCCAGGAAGAACCGAAUCUUCACAGCAGAGUCCUCCCAGUGAAGUCCAGUCCAAGGAAACGCAGAGAAAUGCGUUUAUUUUAGAGAUCUCCGUACUCCAGGAAACCCCGAGAAUGACUGCAAAAUCUCUAAAUUUGUCUGGAAAUCAGAGCGGAGGCAAGAUGACGCCAAAUGCGUCAUGUGGUCCCGGAAAAAUGUCCCUGAAAACCGCCCGAGCUGUGGGGCCAUCGCCACUCAGGCAACUUCUCCCCAUUGCCCUAUGUUUGAUCUCAUUUGCAACUGUCCUCAGUGUACUCAUCAUCUACAUGGACACAACUGAAAUUCGUCAUCAGCAGUUCCGCCUCAACAUGUCACGGGACUAUGAUUUGCUGGGAGUGUCCCAAGACAAUCCGCUACUCGUUACGUACUUCCGCGAAGUGCAGAUGCGAAAAUCCGAGCAAAUUCCACCAUUUGUCCUCAAUUCUGAGCCUGGGGAAGAGCUCAAUUUUACAGGAAGACCCGAAAUUGCCGCCCAAUUGGCCGCCUCUGUUGCCCAGCUGGCUGGUGAGAAGCGCAAUGGGACAUUCGUGCAGUCCCUACCGGGUAGUAGUGAUGUGGCCAUGUCCGGCCCAUGGUUGGCCAGUACCCUUGGUUGGAAUGGUGUCAUCGUGGAGCCAGAUCCACGGAAGUAUUUCAACUAUCUCAAGCAAAACUACCACAGGCGUAGCGUUAAGGUGGUCCAUGCGUGUCUAUCACCUAAUGAAUAUCCAAAAGAGAUAACUCUACACCACGAGGAGGAGAGUGAAGUCCAAAUAAAUAGUAUUUUGGACGAGGAGACUGAAUGGUUUCAUCCGCGAGUAAAGUGUUUUCCCGUGUACACGAUGCUCCUGGCGAUGAAUACAACAAAUAUUGAUUUGCUGAGUGUUGGGUGUCAUGACCAAGAGUUUCUGAUUCUUCAAACGAUACCAUUCGAUAGGGUGAGAAUUGAUAUAAUUUCCGUGCAUCUUAUGUCACGUCUCGAGGAAGAAAAUAUCCCCAUUUAUACUCAGAAUAUCACAAAAUUUCUCUUUGGAAAAAACUAUAGACUCAUGCAUAAUCUCAAAAAUAAUCUCAUUUAUCAAUACAAUCGUCACAAUUGAUUGCAUUUUUUGUCCACUCUCCCUUAAUUUUUUCUCUCUCUUAAUUUAUAAAAAAAAUCACCCCCACCCCCACUCCUUUCAUCCCCCCACCUGCAUUUUGUCCCUAUUAUAUAUAAAAAAAAAAGAAAAAGAAAAAUUUGUAGUGAAAAACUCCAGAAAGGAAAACGUUCCCCAGUAAUGCAUGAUUAACAUUUAACGUUAUAUAGGAUUUACAGCACAAAACAUAUGACAAAGAUUUAUUUAGGAUUAGAAUGAAUGUUUUUCAGUCCAUGUCCUGUGUGCGUUUUUUCUCUCUUCUAAUUGUGGAGAGAAAAAGAAGAAUUACAUUCCACAUCGAUUUGGGAUGUGGCUAAAGAAUGAAGAAAAAUCUCAGGUUUAUUUAGUUUUUCCCCCCUCACACACACAUAAAACAUUCAAUUCCUCCCUCAACUAUCCCCGCCCUAAAAGAAAUUGUCACCACAUAAUAUUAAUUUACUAAGAAAAAAAAAAUAAUAGAGAAUAAUUUUUCACAUUUUUUUGUAUACCAAAUAUUACUCGAAUUUUCUCUUUUUUUAUUUUAAUCAUAGGAAGAAAAAAAAACGUAGGAAAAAAAAGUAUUUUUGAGAUCAAAAUGAGAAUGAGUACGAUUUUGAUAAAAUCUACUAAUUACAAGAAUAUUGUAUUUUGUUUUUUAAUUUUGAGAGAGAGGUCAAAAGAAAAUUUGAAAAGUUUGAAAAGUAAAAAUAAGAAUAUUUUUUAAUUGAAAAGGAAAAUUGAAUAAAAAUUGCCUAACGCAUUGCCUCCAAUUUUAAUGCACAAGAACACAACUCUCAAAUUUUUCAAAUUUAUUUAGUAAAAAAGAAAAACUUUUUUUGAUAGAAUUUAGUAUAAAAUAAUAUCGCUGGCCUUAAAAAUUGUAUUUAAAAUAAAACAAAACAAGUUUAGCCUUAAGAGAAAUUAAUGAACAAUGUUAGUCAAGUAAUUGUUUAAACAUUCCUAUUUGCUGCCUUUUUCAUAUAACUUAAAGAAAAAUUGAGAAAAAAAAGAAGAAAAUAAAUAACUUCCCAAAAAUAAAAUCUAAAAAAAAAUAUUCAAGCUUAUAAAAUUUCAUUCAGCGUAAUUUGGCGAUUUUUUUAAAUUGAAAAAUUCUUUUCUUUUUGCAAGUAUUAUUCGUAUUAUUUCAUUUACCGCACCCUUAUUUUAUUUUUUUAAGUUACAUUUUAGGAUAAUUAUUAUUAAAUAUUAUAAGUUUAUAGUAACAAUUUAAGUUAAUUUAAGGCAUUGCUCAGUCAAUGACAAGAUUACUUUCAAAGAAUUUAUUCAGUAAAAUUGUGUUUAAGGAAUCCUUUUUUUUUAAAGUAUUUUCAGCGUUCUUUUAUUUAACUUAAGUACCACAACAUAUUUUUUAAUUUUAUACCUAUAUAUUCUUUUUGUGUAGAAUGAUGAUUAUACUUGUAUAUAAAA